GGCCGGCCCCGGCCGCUUUAAUUGGAUGGCAGCGCCAACGAGGAAGUCAGAGACUUUACUAGUUAAACUGGCCCUCUCGCUCCUCCUGUGCGGACUCGGACAACCAUGACUCAUGACUGUCCCCAUAAAAGAGCGAGAGGACUCGACACUCCCGAGCAGAAGUGGCAGAGGGAAGGGAUGAAUGGAUCGUCUGUCCGUGCGCGUGUGCGGUCCCUCGGCUGCAGGGGUCCGGUCAGAGCGCAGGGUGGGCUGCUGGCUCAGCGACAAGAAGCGCAGGAGGAUGAACCUGGACGCGUUCAUACGGUUCUACACCAUGGAGUGGAAGUGGUAAAGAUUGAUCUCACUCAGCCCCUGGGCCCUCAGGGACCCUUUGACAUCAUCCUUCACAAGCUGUCUGACGUAAUUGUGGAAGCUAAGCACGAUAGCCAAUCACAGCAGCUCCUUGAUAACUUUCAGAGUUAUGUUUCAGCUCAUCCUGACACAGUGCUGCUGGAUCCCCUGCCUGCCAUGGCUAAACUAUUAGACCGCUUUGUCUCGGGUCGGAUAAUGAGCCAACUGAACAGUUCACUCCGAGACUGGCGUAUCUGCAGUCCCCCAUGCCUCGAGGUCCACAGUGGCAGUGACCUGUCAUCCAUUCAGCAGGCUGUGAUAAGACAGGGCCUAACAUUUCCUCUCAUUUGUAAAACCAGAGUGGCACACGGCUCAUAUUCACAUGAGAUGUGUCUGCUCUUCAGUGCAGCCAGUCUGGCUGAUAUCCAUCCCCCCUGUGUGCUUCAGAGUUUUGUGAACCACGGAGCCGUUUUGUACAAAGUGUUCGUGGUAGGAGACAAGCACUGCUGCGUAGAGAGACCCUCUAUCAAGAACUUUCCCUCCGGCCCCUGUGACAGGAAGACCAUCUUCUUCAACAGCCAAAAGGUGUCCAAACCAGAGUCGAACUCUAAUCUCACGUCUGUGGAUGAACAUAUGGUGGACCCGCCUUCUCCCAGCUCAGAUGCUGUGGCCGCCCUCGUCAAGGAGCUCCGAGCUCAGCUCGGCAUGGCCCUGUUUGGCGUGGACGUCAUCGUCAACAUAGGAACGCAUGCGCUCACCGUCAUCGACAUCAACAUUUUCCCAGGCUACGAGGGCAUGCCUCAGUUUUUCUCCUCUCUGCUCAGCCACAUCCAGUCAGUGUUGGACAAACACGCCGCUGCUGGUUCGCACACUACAGGUGGUUCCUCUGAGGAAACAGUGGGUGUUUGUCACCCCAGGAGUUGAUCACGGAUUGGUUUCAUCAAAAGGAUAAGCAAAACUUGAUCCCGAACUUUAUCCUCUUCAAAACACACUAAUUACUUUGACCUGCUAAUUGGCUCUGUUAAGGUCAACAAACAAGCAAAAAAAAAAAAGGCAACCUACAGUACUUGAGUAUACUUUUCUGUUUAUUGAUUGACAGGUAGCAUAGAAGAAGAUACAGCAGGCACAAAAUACAGCACUCUGAUUGGCCAGUAAUAUUACAAAUGCCUUUUUUAAUCACUUUUUUCCAUAUUGUGUCAUAUGUCCUCUAUGCUGAGCGCGUCACCUCCCCACAGACGUUUCCUGCAGUGAUCCUGCUGGUUUGUGAGAUUCAUUUUGUAUUUCUAUAGAAAAAGGAACUACAGUACAUUCAUGUUGAUUAACCUUUGAGCGAACAAGCAUCUCCUCUUUGGAAUAGAUUGCUAUAACAUCGUCAGUGUUGAUUCAUAACGUGUAUUAUUACCACGUGUUUACACAAGUUGACCGUCGGCUCGGCCAGUGUUCAAAUACAUAAACGUAUCGUAAAUCUCGGCCUUGUAGAAAAAAGAGAAAUAUUUGUAUACGAGUACCACAUGAUGCACUUUGAUUACAUAUUAAAAUACAUUAAAUAAUUCAGUAUUUGGCUAAUUAUUGCAUUCGCGUGUGCUCUAGUCUAUACUGUGUUAUUGCACUAAGUGGGCCUCCAGUAGCAACCCUGUUAAUCCUGCACUAAGUGCAUAUCUGACCAGUGUCCUCUUGGGGGCGGUGUUGCUUCAUAUUUCCCAUGACCUUGGCUUACAGACCACAUUUACACAAAUGACAUGACAGCCAUUAAAACUGGGAUGUAACACUACCUAGUAUUUAUCGACGUUAUUGUCGGUGUCACUGUUACCAAAAAGACAACAAAUGGCUUUAGUGUUUCCUCUCCUCCUUCCUUCAGCUCCUCCUUGGCUUGUUAAGAUAAGAGUGCAAAGCUGGCUGAGAAACCUGAGGUGACACUUUUAGACCUUGUAAGCUGUAAGUACAUCACCUCUCCUUCUGCCACACGAUCAACCAGGCAAAAGACAAACUUAACGUGUGAUGUACGUGCAAGUGUGUGUUUCGCUCGUGUCACCCCGGUUCGUCGCAAACAGUCUGGCUGUAACAGUGCGUGCGCCAAAUGAAAAACAAUCUUCAUUUCUACUUAAGUCGCCAAAGAAAUUAAGAGGAGAUAACGACUUCCUCCUGGGUACAAAUAUCAGCAGUAUCGUUAACAGUCGGAACAGCAGGGUACACACAGUUAUCAGUUAUUGCACAAAAUAUACUGUAUAUUAAAAUACACUAACUACUUAUAAUAGGGAAACUGUAUUUUUUUUCCUGAAACAAGAACACGCCAUCAAAGAUGAAACCUUCAGAGUAAAAGAAGCGCUGAUUGCUAUGAUCGUGACUCUUCAUGGCUGACAAUCUGCAAUCAAACUAACAUCUGAAUGAAAGUGCUGAAAUGCUAUUGCAUCUAUCGCCUGUCUACCUCACGCACGUUAUUUACAGAUACUCGAGAAGACAGGGGCAACGGUGAUGAGCACAAGCUUUCAGAUUCUCUGGGAAAACUACGUCUUUUUCUUCAACACAAAAACACAUCCAAAUGACCAAAAGAGAAGAAAAAAAGAGUAUUCUUUUUCCCUCCAGGCAAUCUAAAAGCAGAAAUGAACCAACAGUAUGUACACUUUGCACUAAUGUCCAUUUACAGAUUCCUCUGAGUGUUGGAGGGAUUUGAAGGCUGUUAAAUGGAAACUGUGUGAGCCGAAUGUGUGACUGUGAAUGCAACAAAGUGGUUUUGUCAUUCUGCUGUGCGUGUGGGUUAUGGGUAUCUUAUCCUCUGCGAAGUUCCCUCAGCUCUGCAGCCACUUUGCGCAGCUCUGCUUCAAUCUCCAGCAGCUCCUGCAGAUUAAAAAACAGUUGCACAAGCCUGGAAUCAGUGCAUUUGUCAUUUGAACAGACAAGCUAAGAGAAAGCAUAUUUUUCAACUAUCCCAAACCACUGUCAAUGUAACAAGAGACCCCCCCCCAAAAAAAACAAAA